AUGCGAGGGCAUUUUCGUAAUUUCCGUAUGCAACCUUUGUGCUUUAUAUUUUGCCACCUGAAACCUUCUAAUGUUACCGAGUUGAUAAUGAGGUUUUCAAAGCUGAAAACGGUUUGUCGUUUGGUCUCAUACUCGACAACGACAGACAUCCGACGUCCUCACCGCCGUUCUAGAUUGGUUUUACCGCCGCUACCGCCACCUCAAGUGUUCCCGUCUACAGCUUCAAACCCUAACUGUUCAUACAACAACGAUGACUUCUCUACUCUAUGCAACCUACUCAGCGAUUCGAACCUUAAACACGGACAGACUCUAGAAACCGCCUUGGACCGAACAGGAAUCAAACCGGAACCGAGUCUGUUACAGUCAGUGUUUGAUCAUUUCAAUACUUCUCCUAGAUUGGUACAUGCUCUGUUUCUUUGGGCCGGGAAGAAUCCAGAGUUUCAAUCAUCUGCGACGCUGUUUAAUUCGGUAAUCAAUGCGCUCGGUAAACUGAAGGAAUUUGAUUCUGCUUGGUGUCUAAUUCUUGCUCGGAUUAGUUUGGUUUCAAGUGAUACAUUUGCAAUUCUUAUCAGAAGGUACACUCGCGCAGGACGGCCCCAAUCCGCGAUUAGGACGUUAGAGUAUGCGGUUAGUUUAAGUUUAAUGUGUAAUGAUUCUGUUGUGUUGAUGGAAAUUUUGUUGGAUUCACUUUGUAAAGAAGGGCAUGUUAGAGUUGCUAAAGAGUAUUUUGAUAGAAAAAAGCAAAUGGGGCCUUCUUGGGCUCCGUCUGUUCGGAUGUAUAAUAUACUACUGAAUGGAUGGUUUCGGUCAAGAAAGCUUAAACAUGCGGAGAGGCUUUGGUUGGAAAUGAAACAGGAGAAUGUGAGACCGAGUGUUGUGACUUACGGUACUCUGGUUGAAGGGUUAUGCCGAAUGCGUCGUGUUGAUAUGGCGGUUGAGUUGUUAGAUGAUAUGAAAAAGGAAGGCAUAGAAGGAAAUGCAAUUGUGUAUAAUCCGAUUAUUGAUGCAUUGGCUGAAGAAGGUAGGUUUAAAGAGGUAUCUGGGAAGAUGGAAUAUCUGUUGCAAUCUGAAUCUGGCCCCACUAUUUCUACGUAUAAUUCUUUGGUAAAGGGUUAUUGCAAGGCUAGGGAUCUUGUUGGUGCUAGCAAGGUACUGAAAAUGAUGAUUAGUAGGGGGGUUAACCCAACCCCUACAACAUAUAAUUAUUUCUUUAGGCAUUUUUCAAAAUUUGGGAUGAUUGAGGAGGGAAUGAACCUUUAUACUAAGAUGAUCGAAUCUGGAUACAUCCCGGAUCGGCUAACUUUUCAUCUUUUGUUGAAGAUGUUAUGUGAGCAAGAAAGGCUGGACUUGGCUGUUCAGAUUAGCAACGAAAUGAAAGCUAAGGGAUGUGAGAUGGACUUAGAUACUAGCACCAUGUUGAUUCAUUUGUUCUGCAUAGCGCAUAGAUUCCAAGAGGCAUUUAAGGAGUUUGAAGACAUGUUACGGAAAGGUAUAGUUCCUCAAUAUCUUACUUACCAGAGACUGAAUGACGAGUUAAGGAAACGAGGGAUGGUUGAAAUGGCACGGAAUUUAAGAGAUUUGAUGUCUUCCGUCCCUCAUUCAACGAACUUGCCCAAUACAUAUAGCGUAGAAGCGGAUGCACUGCGGCGUGCAAGGAGAUCUUCUAUAUUACAGAAAGCUGAAGCAAUGUCUGAAAUACUGAAGACUUGUAAUGAUCCGAGAGAACUUGUUAAGCAUAGAAGCUCGUCACAAAAUCCGCUAUCGAGUGCAAAUCGGUUGAUCGAGGAUAUUAAAAGAAGAUGCAACAUGACAUGAUCUUCCAAAUUACAGAUGGCAGCGACUCUCUAAGCACAUGUGAAUCAAGGCCUUCAACGACAUAACCUUAUCAUUAUUCACGCUUAUCAAAGCAUAGUCACAAUGCGCCUAAACUCUCAUUCUUAAAUCAUACUGGUCUAAGUGUUCGUUCAUCUCAUUCGCAUAUUCUGCCCCUCCAUUGAAUUCGCUCCCAUCUCUGGAAGACAUUAUUGCUUGCUGAGCUCCUUUACUGAGCCAUUCUUCAUUUUUCUCCUCUUGCGCCAUACCAACAGUGUGCAUUGUCACAGGUCCGUUCAUUAUAUACCAGGUUCAGUGCAAUCAAAGAACGCAAGAAUUCCAUGUGCUGCCGGAGGUAUUGUUCUGCUCUGUAUCACUUUGAUAUCUAAAUUGUUUCAAACAUAAGGGAUCUGAUUCUCUUUGAUUAUGCUAUGAAAAUACAAGAGAACUCCUUUUGAUCACACAAUGAACACACCCACCAGCCUCCUCCUAGUUGUGGUACUGAAUGUUUUAGUCAACUACUUUGGCAUAAAUGGAAUCAACACUCUAGAAAACUGUGACGUGGACUUCUAACUGCUGAUAUCUCCCUCAUAUUUAUUUCCCUUUUAUAUUACUUUCCAAAAGUAUUUGCAAAAUCCAUCUCAAGGUCGUCCUUGUACUAUAUAUAUUUUAUUUUAUCUGCUCUUUGAAAUUCAA